AUGGCAGUUUCGGCUCCAUUCAAUUUACUGCGUCAGCAGGGCCAGGAAUCGCUAUCAUUGCCUGUGGGAAGCUAUAUCUACUCCUUGUGUCAGAGUGGCAACGAUGCGUUGGCUGCCAUCUCAUCAGAUAACUCACUGCGGCGUAUCGAUCGCAGGACCUUGAAGCUUCUUCCUGAUGGACUGAUCACGGACGCUCACCCUGGGAAAAGUGGAGGGGUGACUUGUGUGUGUCCUGCCGAUCAAAGCGUUUCCACAGCCGGCCACCUCCUUGCUACUUCAGGGCGGGAUGGAACUGUUAAGCUCUGGGAUAGCAGAGCAAAAGGCCAGGGCGCGGUCUCAGCGUUCUUGACUGGAAUCGAUAGGAACCCUGCUCUUAUCUCACUUGCUUGCAACCCGGGGAUAAACAGCAUCGUUGCUGGCACCGAAUUAGUAUCCGCCCAAGCUUCGCUUUGUUUCUGGGAUGUUAGAUUCCCCGGCGUCCCUCGCAUGCAAUACGUGGAAAGCCACAACGACGAUAUCACUGAGUUGCGUUACCAUCCCAUACAGAGCAAUGUUCUCUUGUCGGGAAGCACAGACGGUCUUGUUAAUCUCUACAAUACCACAAUCACAGAUGAAGAUGAUGCACUACUGCAAGUGAUCAACCAUGGCUCCAUCCAUCAUGCUGGCUUCAUUGGAGAGAAGGCAAUUUACGCACUGAGCCAUGAUGAAGCCUUUUCUAUCCACCCAUUCAAUGAUCCUGAUGAAAACAUAGUGGAGCCAGCUGCUAUUCAUUUUGGCGAUCUUCGAUCUACGCUAAGUUGUGAUUAUGCUGUAGACGUUUCGGUCGAUGAAGGGGUCUACGCCGUUAUUGGAAGCACCCGGGAGCAAACAUUGGACUUAGUGCCGAUUGUAGCCUCGCCGAACUUCCAAUUCGAUCGCGCGAAAGCAUGGCGACUUCCCGGGGCUCAUGGCGAAGAGGUUGUUCGUUCGGUACUACUGGACAAUCAGGAAGACUCGAACUCUACAGAAAUCGAGACCAAGAUCGAUCCCAAGCCAAGCAAGGCUUCCCAGGCCGUGCUAUCGUCGAGGAACCGACAAAAGCGCAAAGAAAAGCGCCACAGAGAUCAACGAUACAAACCUUACUAG